CGAAUCUCCUCCUCUACCCAUCGCCUCCGGAGGAGGUCGCCCUCUCCUCUCCUCCCUCCUCGGCUCCGUAGCGAGCUCGCUCCUCCACUCCCAUGGCGAUCGCGGGCUUCGUCGAGGGCAUGGGCGAUCACAAGCUGAAGCCUCGCCUCCUCAGCUCGUUGGUGCGCGAGCGCCUCCCCGGCGGCGACGGCGCCGCGGGCUCGCGCCCCUCCCCGUCCCCCGCUGAGCUCUCCUCCGUCCUCGCCGCCGUAAAAACGCACGGCCUCCUCGCCGAGGCCGCCGCCGCCGCCGCCACCGCUGCGGGGCGCCCCGACCCGGAGCUCGCCGAGUCGUGGCGAGGCGCCGUCGACGCGUGGGCCGAUCGCGUCCUCUCGCUGGUUUCGAGCAAUGCGUCAGACAAACGUUGGGCGGGUGCCUGCUUGUUGGGUGUGACUGUUGAGGAAUGUAGCUCAGAGCGCUUCGUCGCAUCAUACUCUCUUUGGUUCCAGAAGUUGCUGCCAAAUAUUCAGCAACCAUCCACCACCUAUUUUGUCAAAGUGGCUUCUUGUGCUGCAUUGGCUGAUCUUUUCACAAGGUUAGCAAAUUUUUCAAAUUUGAAGAAAGAUUCAACAUCUUUUGCUGGGAAGCUUGUCCAACCAGUUCUUCAGUUGUUAAAUGAGGAUGGACCAUUUACUUUAUGGGGAGGAGCCAUUAAUUUAUUGUGCACAUUAAUGCAAUUCUAUCCACCUUCAGUGCAACGAUAUUAUGAUCAUGUUGAAGCUACACUUGUAUCUAAGAUUAUGUCUGGAAAAUUGGAUACACAUACAUCGCGGAAAUUUGCCUUCUGCUUAGCUUUACUACCAAAGGCAAGAGGUGAUGAAGAAAGCUGGUCUCUCUUGAUGCAAAAGUUAUUGAUUGUCAUAACAAAGCUUGUAGAUGAUGCUUUCCAAGGGCUAGAAGACGAAGCCAAAAGUUCAGAGGUUAUGAAGUUGUUAGUUCCUCCAGGAAAAGGCACUCCACCUCCACUAGGAGGUCAGCAAAACUUAGAAGAACGAUCUCAUAAUGCAACUAGAAGAUUACGUGAUUACACGAUACCUACCAUUUCGACGCUUAUUCAUUGCUGCUGUAUGAUGCUUACAAAUCCAUACCUAGUUCAGGUGAAUGUCCCGCUUCGGCCUUUGCUAGCUGUGAUUAGGAGAGUGCUUUCUGUGGAUGGUUCUUUAUCUAGAUCAUUGCUGCCUUUCACAACUGCAUUGGACCAAGAACUUCUUUGCUCCGAACUUCCAUAUCUACAUUUGGACUUCUUGAAUCUGCUGAUUUCAACAAUUAAAGGAGUUCGAAGCCAGUUUUUGCCUCAUGCUGCUACUGUUGUCCGGCUUCUAAUAGAAUUCUUCAGGAGAGCUAAAUUGCCUUCCAUAAGGAUUAAAGUUUAUUAUAUCAUGCAGAUGUUGCUAAUCUCCAUGGGAAUUGGGGUAGCACUAUAUAUAGCUGAAGAAGUAAUAAAAAAUGCUUUUGCUGAUCUAGAUGAUAGUAGCAAAGGCAAUUCGCUAUUUCCCAGUGCAUGCACAUCAAUAGUAAGUGAGGCAGUACAGCAGAAUAGCUCGAGGAAGAGGAAAAAUAUUUCUCGAGCACCUUUACAGCAGUGUAAUAGUAUUGGUUCUGAUAUUGCACCAGAUGCGGGAAAAAUGGUAGCUCCACUUUCAGUUAAGAUUGCCGCUCUAAAAGCAUUGGAAGCUCUUUUGACUGUGGGUGGUUCGUUGGACUCUUUAAGGCGGCCAGAUGUGGACCGCCUUUUGAUAACUGUUGCAACAAAGGCCUGUGAAUUGGGAUGGGGUUACGAGGGAAACUCGGCUGUUAUCAUAGAGGAAUCAGGCAUCUCCCGGGCUGAUUUUCAGCUUGCUGCUUUAAAGGCACUACUAGCAUCUCUUCUUUCACUUGGUCGUGGUCGCCCCCCUUAUUUAUCUCAGGGCCUUGAACUUUUCCGGAGAGGAAAACUAGAAACUGGAACAGAACUAGCAACAUUUUGUGCGCAUGCACUACUUGCUUUGGAACUUCUUAUCCACCCGAGAGCCCUUCCACUGGAAGAACCCCCAACCGGCAAAAGCUCCAUGCCGGGAAGCAUUUUCCAUGCAAGCCAGAACCCUAAUCUGCUCUCAUCUACGAGCAGUGAUCGAGAAGCUAUCAGGGACUCUAAAUUGUACUUUAAUUGGUCAGAUCCCGACGGUGAACAAUCUGACGAUGACGACUCAAUGGAAGAUGCUAGACCAGAAAAGUUUGCCAGAGUUGAUGUUCCACCUGCAGGGCACAGAAUCGAACAAGGGGAUCAGGAGAAAUCGCCUAGGGUUAAUGCGGAGAUGGCCAGUCCAAGUUACAGCAAAGAGACUAAAGAUGCAGAUAUGGUUGAGUCCAACAAUUCGAAAGAUCCGAGUUCCCAUGGAACUAAUGUUCUUCCAGAUGUCGCCAAAAGGGUUUCACCUGUGAGCGAGGCCACAACUGUUGUGGGAGACUUGGACAUUGACAAAUUUAAUAAUCUUAGAAGUGAUGUUAGUAAAUUCGAUAGCAUCUUAGAUAGCGGCGAUUUUACCAAUAAUAACAUAGCUGGUAAACCGCAUGAUUCAGAUAAUAAUGAAAAAGCUGCGGAUGGCGCAGUGAGAAUUCUUGGUAAGGAAAGCAAGACAGAUGAUUCGGAUUCAGAUUCGGAUUCGAUACCAGAGAUUCGCCUAUGGGAUUCAGAUAGUGAUUAGGAAUUGUAACUUGUUCUCUUCAUGGGGACAACACAAUCUUAGACCAGGUAAAUCAAAUGUAAUCUUUAUUUAUCUAUUCAUCUGUGUUUUUUUUUUCUUUCCUUUUUUCUUUCAACUUGUUUAAUUUUACAUUGAAAUAGUUCAAUUAUUUCCUUCUCUGUUGUUGAUUUGGUA